CCCCUGCCCCGCGCCAUGGCCCGGCCCGGCUGGCGGCUGCUGCUGCUGCUGCUGGCGCUGGCGGCGCGGCGGGGCGCGGGCGGCGGGUGCGGGCCCUGCCGGCCCGAGCGCUGCCCCCCGGCGCGCUGCCCGGCGCCCGAGCUGGCGGCGCGGGACGAGUGCGCUGCUGCCCGCGCUGCCUGGGCGCGAGGGCGAGCGCUGCGGCGGGCGGGCGCCGGGGGCCCGCGGGGGCCCCGCUGCGGCCCGGGGCUGGUGUGCGUGAGCCAGGCGCGGGGCGCGGGGGCGCCCGAGGCACCGGCCGCCUGCGUGUGCAAGGAGGACGGGGCGGGCGGCUCGGACGGGCGCUCCUACCCCAGCGCCUGCGCCCUGCCCCGGCGCGUCCGCAAGGCGCACGACGGCGACUGCCGGCUGGGUGAGCCGGGGCCGGGCGGCGGGGCUUGGCUGGGUCCGGGGGGCCCCCAGCGCCUGCGCCCUGCCCGGCGCGUCCGCAAGGCGCACGACGGCGACUGCCGGGGGUGCCGCGGCUGGCGCUGGCUUGGACCCACCGGCGCAGAUCCGUGUGCGCCUUUGCACCCGCAAAACCCCAUUCGCGCGAGGGAGUUUUGCAGAUGCACUUUUCAGCCCCCGGGCGAGGGGGCGAAGCGUGGGCGUGAGCGCAGGCACGUGGGUGAGCCCAGUCUUGCACAGGGGGCCAGGUGGAGUCGGGGGGGGGGGGAGAAUUUGGCCAUGUUUGUGCCGUCCCUUGGCAAGCUCCUGUGUGUUGUACCACCAAAAGAGAUUCAUAAUAUAACUGGUGCCCAAGUGUACUUGUCUUGUGAAGUGAAGGCGGUUCCCACUCCCAUCAUCACAUGGAGAAAGGUCACAGAGUCACCCAAGGGAGUUAAACUCCUGGAAGAAUUGCCUGGAGACAGAGUAAACAUGGCAGUUCAAGUUCGUGGUGGUCCUUCUAAACAUGAGAGCACCGGGGGGUUUUGGUAAAUUAACCCGCUGAUGAAGGAAGAUGAGGGUGUUUACCAAUGUCAUGCUACCAACAUGGUUGGAGAAACACAGGCAGAAGGGAAUAUUAAAGUCAGUGAGCACAGUAAAGUAAGAGGACUAACUUCAUAGAAUCAGAUGACAUGAUAUAGCAGGGGAGAAGUGAUUCAAUCUUCACUCCAGGGAAACAAAGAUUGUCAAGCACAGGCUAAAAACAACUCAAUUAUGGCUUCCUUUGCCAUUUCAUAUUAUAGAAUUAGGAAACUGCAUUAAUAUUCUUGUUAUGUGGUUAAUGACAUGUUUUUUGUACAUUUUCCCAUUUAGAUCAAUUAGAUUAAUAUUAAAAUUCUGUAGUUUAUAACAGGAAUAAAUGAGCAAUAAAACAUUUUUUAAACCAUUAAAAA